UUCGUAACCUGGAUUGUCGAGCAUUAUUAAGAUAGUAAGAUUGUCAGGCCCUCCCAAAAAGUGGACAAAUAAACUAUGUCGGUUUCAUGGAUGAUUAAAUAUUAUAUUCUAUCAUGGGCGUCACAAUUACGAAAUUAGGAAUAGGAUGGCACAUAAACAUAUUUUACGAGAAAAUACGUACGGUAUGGCGCUUAUCGUAAGCACUUGGGUCACGAUCUUUGUCAACUAGUACUACUACUAAAUAUAUCUUAUUCUGUGUACGUAGCGUAGCAGUAGCAAUCCUUAAAAGAAGUACUAUACAAUCCUAAUAUUUGAUAUUAAUUAAUUCAUCAUAUAAUAGGUAGAAGGGUUGCCUAAUUUUCACUGGAUCAAGAUUACUCUCAUAUCAUCAUAUAUUUUAAUUUGUUUGUAAUGGAAACAACAAAAAUAUUUGAAGAAGAAGAUGUUGUGAUUGUGGGAGCUGGAAUUGCUGGCCUUGCUACUGCCUUAGGACUUCACAGGUUAGGUGUAAGAAGUUUGGUAUUGGAAUCUUCAGAUAGUUUGAGAGUAACUGGAUUUGCUUUAGGAAUAUGGGAAAAUGCUUGGAAAGCCUUGGAUGCUGUUGGUGUUGGAGAUAUCCUCCGCCACAAACAUAUACAUCUUUAUGGGAAUGUGACUACUUCUUUGAUUACAGGACAGCAAUUAGCAACUAUGUCUUUCAGGGACAAAGGAAAGCUUGAACUACGAAGUGUUAGAAGAAAGUUAUUGUUGGAAGCCCUUGGCAAUGAACUUCCAAAUAGCACCAUUAGGUACAUGUCAAAAGUCGUUGCUAUAGAGGAAUCUGGAUUCUUUAAAAUACUACAUCUUGUUGAUGGAACAACCAUCAAAACAAAGGUAUUGAUAGGAUGUGAUGGAAUCAACUCUGUGGUUGCAAAGUGGUUAGGCUUCAAGGAGGCCAGUUAUACAGGGAGAUAUGGAAUCAGGGGUUUCGCAGAGUUGGAAAACAAUCACAGUUUUGAGCCUAUGCUUAUGCAGUUCUAUGGCAAAGGUUUUAGAGCUGGAGUUGUUCCUUGUCAUGAGAAAGGUGUUUACUGGUUUUUCACUUGGACUCCUGCCACCCAAGAUAAGGAGCUAAUGGAAAACCCUGCUAAACUGAAGCAAUAUGUGUUAAACAAGCUAGAGAAUAUGCCAAGUAAUGUUAUAUCUAUCAUAGAAAAAACAGAUUUAGAUGCUUUCCAUUCAGCUCCAUUGAGAUAUAGACAUCCUUGGGAGCUUAUAAUGGGAAAUAUUAGUAAAGGAAAUGUUUGUGUUGCUGGAGAUGCUUUACACCCUAUGACACCUGAUCUUGGUCAAGGGGGGUGUUCUGCUUUAGAGGAUGGGGUGGUUUUAGCAAGGUGUCUAGCUGAGGCCUUGUCCAAAAAACAAAAGGAAGAGGAGAAAUACAAAAGAAUUGAACAAGGGUUGAAGAAAUAUGCAAAAGAAAGAAGAUGGAGAUGCAUUGAUCUUAUUACUACAGCUUAUAUUGCAGGUGUUAUUCAGCAGGCUGAUUCAAAAUUUGUUACAUUUUUUAGGGACAAAAUUUUGGCUCCAUUACUAGCUGGUCAGUUAUUCAAGAAAUCUGGUUUUGAUUGUGGUAAACUCAAUUAGCCCUUAAUUAGUGACACACUUGCCUUGUAUAAUUAUCAGUACACAAUGUCGCUUUUCUUUUUUCCAUGUUAAGGAAUUUGAGUUGCCAAUAGUUUUCUUUCUUCACUAUUAUUUGAUGAUGAUGAUCAAAGUUGGACAUGUAAGGGUUGUAGUCAAAGUCCAAACUCCUAUCAUAAAUAAUGAAUGGUCUUGUAAAAAUAAAAAUCAUAAUGAAUGAAUGAUGAUAAUUGAUCCCUCGA